GAACAAGCUGCCGAACUGAAAGGAAGAUUGGUGUUACUGCAUGAUUCGAGACGAGUAGCUGAAAUUCUCAAGGUGACAAUCCGUAGACGGAACCGACAAACAAAAAAGCAUGAAAAACAAGAAACAUUUCUGGAAAGACAAAGAUCUACCACAAAAACUGGAAAAAUCGCUGGCACAAGUAUACGAGUAUUAUAUCUCAAGGGGACAACUUUGGAACCGAUGAAUAGAUGAAUAUUUUGUUGAGAGAAAUUAAAAUUCAACUUAUUUUUUAAACAGACAGGUAUGCCUAUAUCGAGAUGAGAAUUUGAUUUGAUGGAUGCAGUUCGAAACAUGGGAACAAAUAAAGAUCUGCAAGGCAGCAGAUUGCGGCAUGAUGCUCUUCACCAAAACAGUGAGAGAUAACCGAUUUUUCUCUCGAUGUGAGAGUUCACCUGAUCUCUUUGGCCAAACGAAGAAACAGCCUUCACAUCUUGACGAGAACAAUGACAGCAAGUGAUGAGAAAGACGAGUUCUUAAACUCAUCGGUGAGUUCACUGAUUGAUUCGAUAGAUCCAGCUAUUGGUCAACUUGAAAUAUUGGUGCGUUUUUAUUGAUUGAAGCAAUCUAUUGAAUUCUGUUGAGUUUAGGAACUCGCUGGAGAAUGGGAACUGUCGAAUAAUAACUGUCAAUUAGUUAUGUUGUCAGAUGUCAGAUUGUCAGAAAAUAAACAGUAGCGGUAGUUAGUAACAAUGACAAAGGUAGAAUGGCCAUAAAUUUAUUCGAUACUAAGGAUGUUUUUGAUGAUUUAAGAAUAUUCUGUUUUACACUUAUCUUAGUUUCAUGAUUUUCAAGUACGCUCAAAUUAUUUAUAUAAGAUGCAUUUUUCCAUUCCCGAUACUCAGGAAUUGAAUGAAGGAAAUGGGUCAACAUUCAUUGGGUACAACAUCCAUAUAAAUGGUGUCUUUCAUUGUACAGUGAGAUAUAAACAACUGCACAAUCUGAAUGAGCAGUUGAGGAGAGAAUUUGGGAAUGAUUCGGUCCCCCCAUUUCCACCAAAGAAGUUACUGCCUCUUACAGACACACAGUUGGAAGAAAGAAGGAUGUUGUUAGAAAAGUACAUACAGACUAUUGGACAAGAUUCAAAACUAGUGUCUUCAGAAUUAAUAAUAGGUUUUUUAUUAUCUGCUCAACAAGAAACAACAUGUGAGAAGAAACAAGACAUAAGUUCCAGUUCCAGUUUAGAAUUAUCAUUCGAAUAUUUAAUGUCAAAAGACAAAUUGCAAUGGAUAACCAUAUCAAGUGAACAGUCGAUACUGAUGUCUGUUUGCUUACAGUCGCUCGUCGAUGAGUUGAUAAUGAAGAAAAAUGGUUUGAAGAGAAUAUCUCCUACUUGCACUAGGAGUAGUUGGUCUUAUAUGAAGAGAGAUGGCUCGAGUCAGCUGAUAUCAUUCGACAACGUCGAUUUGGGUGAUAAGAUCGAUGAGAUGCCGUCGUCCAGGUAUCAGGAGUCAUUUUCAAUCAAGAAAUUACAAGAGAAAUUUUCCAGCGUCUCUUUCAAGAAUGGCCGAGAGUUUAUAGAAAAUCAUGCAUUCGAAUGUAUAGGGGAUGAUGAUUUGUGAAAACUCAUAUGCUCACACAUGCUCAAUGUAUCCUAUAUUUUUUUGAUGAAUGUUAUUUCAUUUUUAAAUGUUAAGAAUAUGUCCACUGUGAACCUAUCAGAUAAUAAUUGGCAAUUUCUCAAAAUAAUGGGGUCUUGUCCCCACACAGUCCUUGAUAUGUGCCAAAAUCUAUAAGUGAAAGUACUAUAUUUUACUAUAAUGGCGGUUUAUUUUGUAAUAGUAUUUUAUAUAUCACGAUCUUGUAUACUCAUUGAAUUACUCUGAAGACAAAUUUUAUUACUCA